AUUCGGACAGCUGACCAACACGUACGUCGUUUUCUGAGAAUCUCAGGGAUCGCAAACCUUUUUCUCACCUCAAGCAGUGAUAUUAAUAUUUGCACAGUUCACUAUGGGCAGAUGUACAAUUUGUAACAACCAAUUCUCCGACGGCGUUCAAUGCUCCGCGUGUGGGAAACAGUUGGACUUCGGUUGUGCGGGCUUGACUGAGGCUGGCUGGAGAAGAUUGGGCACGGACCGCCGAUCAGCUUGGAGAUGUCCGUCCUGCAGAACCGUUGAACGUGAUGGCGUUGUGAUCAGACGUAAUCAGAUCUCUUUCCACCCUCCAGUUCUCCAUUGCUGCAAGAAGGGACUGACUGGUCAGAGUCACGUCCACACAGCUCGAGUAAAGCUUGCCGCCUCUAUAGGUCUCGAAUGUAGGGAUAUUGCCUACAUUGUGAAUAUGGAGGUCCAUCUCGGUUAUAAAUCCGUGGAAUUGUGCUCCUCGAUGAUUUUCGGAGCUGCUGCCCCACCAGUGACUCCAGGCAUUCACGUCACCUGCCACUAUAAGAUGAUUCGGGAGAUCAAGCUACAGAUGGCGGAAUUCCAUGAAAUCAAGGACAAAUUGGAUUAUCUUCCGAACUUGGUGGAAGAAAUCAAAUCCAUGAAAGCAGACAUUGCCGAUUUAAAAAAGUCGUGCAACUUUUCGGCUGGAUUAAUUGAUGACCUUAAAGGUAGAUUGUCUGCUGCUGAAGAUAAAAUUAACAAUCUAAAUUCUCAGCUGUCAAAUUCUGAGCAAAGAUCACGACUGAAUAAUGUGGAGAUUAAGGGCGUGCCAUCAAGGAAAGAUGAAAAUUUAUUCCAAAUUGCUGAAGCCAUCUGUAGGGAGAUCGGAUAUAGCUUUCCAAAAACUCAGAUAAAUAAUAUCUCAAGAGUGCCUACGUACAACUCAAAGGAGAAGGCAAUAGUGAUAUGCUUUUUAAAUCGAUACAUCAAGGAGGAUUUUAUAUCGGCAGCGCGCAAUCAUAAACUGUUGAAAGCUGAAGAUUUGGGUUUUCAUGGGUCACAGCAACGCGUAUUUGUGAAUGAUCAUUUGAAUUCUGAGUCCAAACAAUUGUUAAAUAAGGUCAAACAAACUGCAAAAGAGAAAAAAUAUGCUUACGUGUGGGUUAAAUUCGGCAAAAUUCAUGUAAGAAAAAAUGAUAACUCUGGAGUGUUUAUAGUUAAUAAGUUGAGUGAUUUAAACAAGUUUGUUUAG